AAUUAACAUUGCCUUCACUGAUUGUCAACAUUCUGGGAGAUCGACAUUCAAUUGCCGUAUGCACCGGCCCAGGACGCGUGAGGCACAGAAUCGACAUUAUCAUUGGCCCGUCAAGCGGUAACAGUUCUUGCUAUGUUCGGUGUUACUUCCACCAUGGCUGUCAUCGUGUUCUCGGUUCUCUACGGGUUCUUCUCAGGCGCUACAAUCUCGUUGAUGCCUGCGUCGGCGGUGACGCUCUCAAAGGCUGUGCAUGAAAUCGUCUCGUCUGGAUCUCAAAUACUUACUCGGCUCGUUCGCUACGCUCAUAGACCCAUCUCUGGCGCGCUUUUUGACGCGGUGACCGGUGGUACAAGCCACUUGUGUUCAGUUCGGUCAUCUGAUGAUCUUCGCUGGAGCAUCGUGCAUUGUCAUAGCGCGAAGGUGGUCGGCAUGAAAGGGACGUGAAGAAUGUAGCUGGACAACAUAUUUCGUAUCCUUUGGCGCUGCUGGCAUUGAGUUGUCAUGUAAACCAACUGUACACCCGUGCUUGGUCCUAGGUGAAUGUUUGCCAACAUCUUGUAGUGCUGUAGCUCCGCUGGACUCCAACGUUUUACGUGUGUUUGCAAGG